AUGACGCGUGACGGCGAAAUUCCAGCCAUCUUCAAUCCGAAACGCGUGCGCACUCCCGCCGUGGUGGUCACCGGCGAUUCCUCGUCGAAUGGGCACUACAAUAGCAACAACAGUGGAGGAGGAGUUGGUGGUGGGGUCAAUGGGGCUGGCGUUAUUCCCAGCAGCAGCAGCGUGGGCGGUGUCGGAGUUGGAGUCGGAGUCGGUGUCGGCAGUUGUGGCUUUAGUAAUGUGCUCACCUCAAGCAAUCCGCAAAUAACCCACCAAGAUUCGAUAUCAUCGAGCCAACAGGAUCCCAAUGAGGUCAUUACCAUACAGGCGGACACGCCCACAGGCACACACGGGUCCCAGCAUAAUUUCGGAGGCGACAACAGCGAUGCACAGACUGGACAACAUGCCCUCGAUCAUCAGGGCAAUGGACAAGGACAAGCACAUGUCGAGGAUGGCGAAGUGCGUUUCCGUAAGCUCAAGGCCUGCCAAGAGUCCUGCUUCUCCGAACUGGCCAAGAAGAUGUAUUUUGGCGUCUGCGUUACGAUUUUGGUGACUGCCUCGUGGGUGGGUGCGACGCACUGCAUCAAGUAUAUGUAUCUAUAUAGAGCGCCAUAUGACGAUGAGCUGGACGAUGAUCUCGAUACGUCGUCCAGUCGGGCUGAGCUCAGCACUGAAUUGGAGGACAUACUGGCCAUAAGCGAUUCAUCGCUGCAUCAUGUCGAGGACGCCACCGAGAUGUUCAACAUACCACCGCGACAGCCCGUCUACUUUAGUGCCCCAUUCUUUGCUGCCUGGUUCUUUACCAACUUCUCGCUACUCUUCUUUCCCAUCUAUAUACUGGGCCUGAUAUCGGCCCGCAAAUGCGAUAAGCUCAGCGAGAUUCUGGCCGAUGUUUUGCGUGGAUUUCGAGAGCGUGGUUUCACUAUAGGUCGUUUCCUUAAUCGCUGCCUAUCCUUUUGUAUCCUGUGGCUGGUGACCACCUAUCUGUACACGUUGUCGCUGCACGUUCUUUUUGCCACGGAUGCAUUGGCAUUAUUUGCCACAAAUGUUGCCUGCGUCUAUUUACUCUCCUGGGUCAUUCUGCACGAGCAAUUUGUGGGAGUUAGGAUUGUGGCCGUUAUCCUGUGUGACACGGGCAUCGCGCUCUUAGCCUAUAUGGAUGGCAUUACGGAAAGUCGCACAUUGGGUGGCGUUGUAUUGGCCACGUUAGCUGCUGCCGGCUAUGCCGUGUUUAGGGUUAUGUUCCGCAAGGUGAUGGGCGAUCCGCCUGUGGGCCAAAUCGCGUUCACAUUCACCGCACUUGGCCUGCUCAAUGCCCUGCUGCUGUGGCCCGUUGUGUUGGCCCUUUACCUGACGGGUGCCGAGAAUCUGACGUCGGAAAGCAUACCAUGGAACAUAUUGUUGGCAGCAAGCGUGCUUCUUCUGGUUUUCCACGUUCUGAUGCAGUUCAGCGCCGCUGUUACCUACAACAUGUUUGUGACAUUGGGUUUGAUAACCGCUGUGCCCGUUUCUGGUGCACUCGAUGUCAUACUGUACAGUGCGACAUUUGCGGGCAUGAAACUGGCCGGGGUCAUUCUAAUUGCCAUUGGGUUUUUCCUCGUUAUGUUCCCCGAAAACUGGCCCGAUUAUAUAACACGUCUGCUACGAAAGAGCGUUCGUGCCAUACUCCGUUACCAAUGUUGUUGUGAAUUAGCCGAAAUUCGCUAUGCUCAUUCGAAGCAUCAUAAUGCUGGGUCACAAUGCGAGAUGGGGUCGCGGCCCUCGGAGCGGUACUUCAACAGGUCAGCAUCCCACCAUUAUCGACUAUCGGACGGGAUACAUAAGGUCCCAUCUUCGUUCACCCUCUGGCCGUGUGAGAUGACUGAUCUAUCGCCAACUACAACUGGGUUUCUGCAUGGCACCACCAACGCACACCACCACCACCAGCAGCUUUACCAACAACAGCACCACAAUCGUCACCACAAUCACCACCAGCAACAACAACAAAAUUUGCAACGUCAACAUUCGCACACAUCACUCACAAUGAUCCACCGGCAGAGCAGCAGCCACAGUGUCCAUGGCAGUCGACGUGGCAGCGGUGGCAUUCGUGCCCCACCCACCGGCACCGGUCGCCUGUUCUCCUACUUUGGCAACGAGCACGAACACGAGCACGAGCGUAAGAAAUCGGAAACAUCGUUCUUCAACUUAGGAUUCCGACGUAAAUCCACAGUGGUUUACUACGCACCCACAGAGUAAAUUCUAGAUCAUAGAGCAGUGUUAACCCAAGGAAUGCACAGUGAAAGCUCUAAAACUUGCAGCCGAAUUUCGCAAUUUUACAAUUUGAAAAGUUGUAUGUUUUAAAAUUUUUGUAUGUAAAAUUUUGUG